UCCAUCAGGCAGCGACGGGAAGGCACAAAUUCUCGGCUAGGGGUUGCUCGCUUCUCCUUUGCUGUUGUCUCUGCUUAGGGUUGGCGGCCAAGAAAGAUGUCGAAGAAGAACAGCCUCGCCAAGAGGAAAAAGCAGCACGAAUUCGACCUCCAGAGGGAGAAGGAGGCCAAGGAGAAGCAGAACAAGAAGCUGCAAGACAAGAAAUCCAAGAUGAAGAUCGAUGGUGCUGAGAUGAAAAGAAAGGGUGGCAAAUUUAAGGUUGGCAAGAAAAAGUUGAAGACUAAACUUUCAGCCUUAGCGAAAGCCAAAGCUGCACAAGCCAUGGCGGUCGACAAGUGACUGUAGGGCUUUGCUUCAUAUAAUCUGCAUUCCAUUGGCUGAAGUGUUCAAUUGAUGUUGAUUUUCUGAAGGAAAUGAGAGUUCUAUGCUCAGCAUUUGCUCACUCCCUCCUGGUGCAGCUUGUUACCCUUUUGUGUUGGCUUGUACUCCUGUAGUGGUUGAGUAUAGAUGAGCUUGUCAAAAAAAAAAAGAAGAAUACGGCUCGUAUAUUUCUGCAGUGAGAUGAGAUGGUUACCGUCUUGGAAUAUUUGGUCUCGAUUUCAGAUUUGUGAUCUCUAUGCUGCUUUUGCUUU